GGCUAAGCUUAUCUUAAUCGUGCCCCAUACCUAAGAAAAGUGUUGUAUUGUGUACUCAUACCCGUACCAUGUACCAAAACAACCCACGAUCUAAGUAACAUUAGUCUCUUAGCUUUGACAAAUGACACUUCUUGUCUAUAGGGACUUUAGUUCAAAAUCUCUCACUGGCAUUCUUACCUAUGUCAUCAUAUCACAGCUCAGAUAAAUGAAUUCAUUUUCAGAAACAGCACAUAAUACAGAUGGAAUUUAAUCUUGAUGGAGGUCCAACCAUGCCUUUAAUAACGUGUUUAAGUCGUUAUAUUGUUUCUCCUUGUGUCCAUAUGUAUGGUAUUGUCAGCUAUUGAUAUUGUAUGCAUGAGCUGCUUGGUGAAGUUUUCUCAAUGGACCAUGAUGCGCCAAACGAUAGUAAAGCUCAGACCAUGAGCUGGUACUGGUCCCAACAAUGUGAUCUAUGAGCUUCAUGCCUAGCUAACGUGCAAAGUCCUGUGGAUUCAGUUACCACUGAUCAACCUAGUCUCUUUUGAACCCCAUUUUGGGCACCCAGUUAUAUAUGCUAUUCUGAUAUGGAUUUGAAAUGAAAGAUUCAGAUUGUUUUACAUGGUGUUAUUGCAGAUAUACACAAUGCAACGGUUAGCAACUAGAGUCUCAAGGAGUCUACUGUCCUCAGUGGGCAAUGCUUCAUUUUAUUCUUUUGCCCCAAACCAGCCAUUCACUGCCUCCUCUUGGCGAAGAAAUUUCCGAAAGUUGCAAGAACAUUGUAUUCCAGCUGGUUUCUUGAACUGUGGUUUACUUGGCUUUUAUAGGACCUCAAGCUUUGCCACUGGUUUCACGCCAUUGCAGCCGAAGCCAUUGGACUCUAUUAUUGACAUCGAGAGGGCAAAGAAUAAAUCACCAGAGGACCUCUCUGCAGUUUGGGAUGACUAUCACUUGGGAAGAGGUCACAUUGCUGCGUCAAUGAAAGCAAAAUUGUAUCAUCUGUUGGAGCAUAGGGCGGCGAAUUGCCAAUACUUUGUCAUUCCAUUGUGGAGAGGAAGUGGUUACACCACAAUGUUUACACAAGUGCAGAUGCCACACAUUCUUUUCACUGGUCUUGAAGAUUACAAAGCAAGAGGGACUCAAGCUGCUCCCUACUUCACCGUUUCUUACUACACAGAGUUUGCAGAAAGCAAGGACAUGGUGCUUGUUCGCGGGGAUGUCGUUUUCAUGAGCAAGCUCACUGAUUCAGAGGCGAAAUGGCUAUUGGAGACCUUACAGUCUUUUUACCUGAAUGAUGUUAGGUACAAGCUGGUUGAACGGUUCAACAAAGAAACACGGGAAUUCGAGUUCAAGGACGUUUUACAAGCAUUGGAGAUGCCCAUUUUGUAG